AUGGUUGAGAUCAAAUCCUUCUUUUUUCCUAUUUUAAACUAUCAAAGAUCUAAAUCUAAGAAGAUUUCAAUUUUCAUCUUCUUCUCCUCUCUCCAAAAGCAGAUCCGCCACCCCUCCUCCCUUUCUCUCUUCCCCUUCCCUUCUCUUUCUCUUUACGGUGAAGGUCGCCAGAGACGGCUACGCCUCUUCUCUCCCCUCGCCUCUUCAUCUCUCCUCUCUUCCUUUCUUUCUUCUUCGCUGGUAGCACUCAAGCGAGCUGCCAGGCAGCAGCUGAUGCGAGAACUGCAACAGCCAGCAAGAGACAAGGACAAACAGCAGCAAGCAACUAGCAGCGCCGGCGAGGCGUACGCCAGCAAGCAGCCGCUCAUCCUCUCUCUGUUUUCAAUGAAUGGAACAGCUCUAGACGACAACAACAUCAGCAAUAGCUGCUCUGGCCAGCAACUCCAAACGACAACAACUCCGGCCCCGAUUCGUCAUAGCGCGAAAGUUGAAAUUAUUAAUGACAAAUCUUUACAGAUCCGUCCAGGUUUCAAACUUUAAGUUCAAGUUGAAGAUUAGCCAUGAAGAAAGAUUAUUUGUUUAAUUCAUAUAUUUGAAUCUAUAUAUUUCUUAUCUAUUUAUUUGAAUUUUUUUGUAAUAUUUGUAUAACUCUAAAGCUCUCAUUUAUAAAAUAUAUUCGGGGAUUGUCUAAGGGGAGGGGGGAUUAUAUGCAAAUUUGUAAUGUUUUUUCCGUGUUAGAAAGCAUGCUUAUAGGACUAAAAUAUUUUUGCAUCAUCUA